CCGCCGCUGGCUGGGGGAGGCGGCAGAGGCAGCAGCGCCGCCGGCCGCCUCAGCGCGGCUCGCUGCCGGCGCGGGGCGGGGGCGGCGGGGAUCAUGGCCGCCGCGGCGCCGCGCACGCAGCCGCCGCUGCGCUACAGCGUGAAGCUGCUGCUGGUCAGCGAGGAGCAGCUCCCGGCGGGGCUGCAGCCGGCCGGCCCGGGGCAGAGAGCGCUGCAGCUGGAGGUGCAGCCGGGCGAGGAGGACGCGGACGUGACGGUGACAGACGCUGAUGGAGUCUGUGUGUUUAAAUGCUUGGUUAACAGAGACACUGAAUACUGUCGUUUAGGAAAAGAGUCUGUGUUAAUUACGCUGGGAUACAACAGUGCCUUGCUCCAAUUCAAGUCACAAGCUGAAUACAGCACAUUUUCAAAUGCAUUGAAGAGAUGCUGUAACCAAAAGAAGGAAGACUCUGUGUUCAGUCAGCGAACAGAUGAAGCAUCUGCAGCUCAGUAUUUUCAGUUUUAUGGCUGUCUAUCUCAACAACAGAAUAUGAUGCAGGAUUUUGUGAGGACGGCCACAUAUCACAGCGCUAUCCUACAGAACCACAUAGAUUUUAAAGACAAGGUGGUCCUAGAUGUUGGCUGCGGAUCAGGAAUCCUUUCAUUUUUUGCAGUGCAGGCGGGAGCUAGAAAAGUCUAUGCAGUUGAAGCCAGUGCAGUGGCAAAAUAUGCAGAGCUGUUGGUGAGAAGAAACAACCUUUCUGACAAGAUCACAGUUCUGUCAGGAAAAAUUGAGGAGAUCUCCCUACCUGAGAGUGUUGAUGUGGUAAUUUCCGAACCGAUGGGUUAUAUGCUGUUCAAUGAAAGGAUGUUGGAAAGUUAUCUCCAUUCCAAAAAGUGGCUGAAAUCAAAUGGAAUGAUGUUUCCAACAUUUAGUGACAUUCAUUUGGCUCCUUUUUCCGAUGAGCAGCUGUACAUGGAACACUACUCCAGAGCCAAUUUUUGGUACCAAGAGUGCUUUUAUGGGGUCAAUCUGUCCAGUCUUCGCAAUGCAGCUGUGGAUGAGUAUUUCAGACAACCUAUUGUGGACACUUUUGACAUGAGAAUUCUGAUGGCUCGGACAGUGAAGUACACCGUUAACUUUACAGAAGCUGCAGAGGAAGAUUUGCACAGAGUGGAAAUCCCUUUUGUUUUCCAAAUGAUGCAGUCUGGACUAAUCCAUGGCCUGGCCUUCUGGUUUGAUGUGGCAUUUGUAGGAUCACUGGUAACUGUUUGGUUGUCAACUGCACCUACAGAACCUCUCACUCACUGGUAUCAAGUACGCUGCCUUCUUCAGACUCCCCUCUUUGCUAAAGAGGGGGAAACUCUCUCAGGGAAAGUCUUGUUUGUUGCCAAUAAGAGACAAAGUUACGAUAUUCAGAUUGUGGCUGUGGUGGACCAGACGGGAUUUAAAUCUGGUAACAUUCUUGAUUUAAAGAAUCCAUUUUUUAGGUAUGCCUAGAAUAUAUUGUAAAACGGCAUCUGAAAAGCAGAAAUGAGAUUCUCACCAAGCUGAAUAACCAAUGAGACUGAAAUCAAUUCAGUUCCUAGUAGGCCUACUGGUCUUUGUGUAAAAUAAAUUCGUAACUGUACAUAUCUGUAAUAAAAGAUUUUAUGCAAGUAGUAUGAUAAGGGGAUACUGUGGUUCCAUCCAUUUUUUUUAAACUGAAAUUUAGCUGGGACUCACAUUUACAGACCUAAAUUGUGACAGACUUUAUUCUAGAAAGCUCAUUUGAUAUGGAUCAAGAAGAAUUUAUUUCUUUUCUUUCUGUUUUACAAUAAACUGACAUUGGUUCAGAUUUGGGGGGAUUUUUUUGAGAUUACUGUUACUAAUAUUCUAGAUUAGCAAACAAAACCUACCUCAUGUUUAUAUGUAUGAUAUUAAAAGAUCUUUGAUCAAUAUGCAUCGUUCAUGCUUUCAACUUUCAGCACAUAUUUCCUGAUAUUUCAGUAUACUUGGUGUGAAUCUUCUAGCUCACCAGGGUAGUAUGUUAAAUAAUUUAAUUUUCUCUCCAUGGACAAAUUAAUUUGGUUCACUUUGAGACAUGAACCUAAAGUCAUCUUGCAUAUACCUUUUAAAUGUUCUAAGAUUGUCCUGUGCAUAUCAAAGUGUAACAGGACACAUUUGUAAAUUACUUACAGCACAGUAUGGAAUAAAAAUGCAAUGACAGGAUAUAAGACUUUUGCUUUUUCUGUAGCUCUGUGAGAACUACUUAUACUCUGAAAUACGUAUUUUUGGUUUGUGUAGCUAGAGAGACGAGACUAUAGCCUCAUAGUGCAUAUUCUAAUGAGGUCUCUCUCCAGACAAUCUUACCCAUAAAGAACAUGAAGUGAUUUCAUAGACUGUGCUUCUAUUUCUCAAAGUGAAACCUUCGAAAGGCUGAAUAAGCUGUAGUCAAAACAAAAAUGUAGAGAUAACUUUAUGAUGAGAAACAUAAUAGCAUUAUACCUCUAGCAAGAUAUAAUCAGGCUUUAGCCUUCCAUGCACUGUUGGAAGGCUGGUUUGAAUGAAAAGGCCAACCAAAACUGACCCUUCCCUCAUGAAGUAGCGUGCAGGAUUUGAUCAAAAGACCUUGUUAGCUCUGGGCCCCUCCUAGGAGCAAUUAAGACACAGCUGUAGUUUCAGACGUUUUCCCUAAGUCCACAGUUAUUUAAAGAUAAUUCAUAAAAUUAUGGAAAGUAGUCCCUAAAGUUGUGAAACCUAUCAAUCUAACAUGAACUUCUUUAUGGCUGAGACCAUGAAACCAUUGAAGUUAGUGUGGCUAUACUCAUCAGAAUAAUGGCCUUGUCCAUCCUAACAGGAUAUUUCCAGUAGCAUUUAACGCAGCAGGUCUGAGACUGCUGGCAUAAAAAUAUAGUUUCUAUGAUAAAAGAAUGUUUUGUUACACAAACUAGCCCAUAUGAAUAGUAUUUAAUGUUGGCUGCUGUCUAGAAAUGACAACAGAAAUUAUUCUAACCUGUGAAAGCAGUGUAAUGACAUUUCUGAGGCAUUGUCUGAUGACUGGAUAUCUCUACUUGUUACAUUUAUAAUGUUUAUUAUAUCUAUACUUGUUACAUGUACAGUUGGAUGGGAGAAAGCCACAAACUUGAGAAUAUACAAAUCCACGAACCAGACAACUGUUAGUCAGUUUUCCACAAUUUGGCAGGUUUUUAUAUGAAAUUUGAACCUAAAUUUAGCUUAUAGAUUUGUAAUGUCUCCUACUGACCUGUAUGUCUCUCUGGAUCUUGGAUUUCAAUGUCAAGCCUCUUCUAAAAUUCAUCAGUAUAUUGAAGUCUUCUAUUUUCUAUAGGCAAAAACCUUAUGUUGUGAAUUUCAUGUAGUUAUCUGAGUUGUUUUGCUCUGCACAGUCUUUUAAAGGAAGAAAGUAACUAAAAGAGGAGGAAAAAAAUAACAGUGGUAGCAGACAAGGAUGUCAAGUUGUGUAUGCUUAUUUAAUUCCACCUUUAUAGAAAAGAUUGCUUCAUUACACACUACCUAGUGUAAAAAAAUUUUCAAAGUGGUUGCCACUUUGAAGUGAUUUGGUUUAUUCUGCACAACUGGUAUUUGUAUUUCUCUCUACUUCAGGAGUUUCCAGAUAUGCUAGAACAGAAGAGAAGACUGACACUGGUUGCUGCACCAUUCAGAGUUAGAAAUGCAGUCCUGUGACUGUCUUCAUUUUCUCAUAAUUUGAAGUUUUCUUCUUUCCUGCUUUGAUGCUUUGGUAAUAUUGAAGUAUUCAGGUGCCUUACUUUUAAGUAGUACAAUGUACUGUUUUAAGCAGAGAGGACUUUUUUGAAGAUAAACAUGAAAAUAUACUUGUAAAGUAUUUUUGAAAAAACAUGACAAAACAUUUCACUGAUAUAAA